CAAGCUUGUAUAUUAAAUCCAAGCUUCCUCAUUGGCUACAAUACUUGGGCUUGUGGUGAGCUCAAUAUCUCUGAUCUCCUCUUCACUUCCACUUCCACUUCAUUGGUUACUGAGAUGGCUGCGGCUAUCUCAACUGUGGGAGCUGUUAACAGAGUACCUCUGAGCCGGUAUGGUGCCAGCACAGGAGCCUCAGCCCCGGGCUCGGCCUUCUUUGGAAGCAGUUUGAAGAAGGCGGUGAGUGCCGGUGCGAGCCAUGGGAAGGUGUCGACGGGUGCGUUCAAAGUCGUGGCAGCCGAUCUCGAUGAAUCGAAGCAGACUAAGAAGGACAGGUGGCAGGGCCUUGCGUACGACACGUCGGACGACCAACAGGAUAUCACCAGAGGGAAGGGAACGGUGGAUUCCCUCUUCCAGGCCCCCAUGGACAGUGGCACUCACAUCCCCGUCAUGAGCUCCCAGGAGUACAUCAGUCAGGGACUUCGCCAGUACAACUUGGAUAACAACGUGGAUGGGUUCUACAUAGCCCCUGCUUUCAUGGAUAAGCUUGUGGUUCACAUUACCAAGAAUUUCAUGAACUUGCCCAACAUUAAGGUUCCCCUUAUUUUGGGUAUUUGGGGAGGCAAAGGACAAGGAAAAUCCUUCCAAUGUGAGCUUGUGUUUGCUAAGAUGGGAAUCAAUCCUAUCAUGAUGAGUGCCGGCGAGCUCGAGAGCGGUAACGCUGGAGAGCCCGCGAAAUUGAUCCGCCAGCGGUACCGAGAGGCCGCAGACAUCAUUAAGAAGGGUAAAAUGUGCUGCCUCUUCAUCAAUGAUCUGGAUGCGGGAGCAGGCCGUAUGGGCGGGACCACACAGUACACAGUCAACAACCAGAUGGUGAAUGCCACCCUCAUGAACAUCGCCGACAACCCGACCAAUGUGCAGCUCCCCGGAAUGUACAACAAGCAGGAUAAUCCUCGUGUUCCGAUUAUAGUUACAGGGAACGACUUCUCGACUCUGUAUGCACCUCUCAUUCGUGACGGUCGUAUGGAGAAGUUCUACUGGGCGCCGACAAGAGAGGACCGUAUCGGCGUUUGCACAGGCAUCUUCAGGACUGAUAAUGUUCCCAAGGAAGAUAUCAUCAAGCUCGUCGAUGCCUUUCCAGGCCAAUCUAUCGACUUCUUUGGAGCUCUCCGAGCUCGAGUUUACGAUGACGAGGUGAGGAAGUGGGUCGCAGAGUCCGGCAUUGAAUCAAUCGGCAAGAAGCUCGUGAACUCGCUCGAGGGGCCACCGACCUUCGAGCAGCCAAAGAUGACACUAGACAAGCUCAUGGAGUACGGCAAUAUGCUCGUCCAGGAGCAGGAGAACGUUAAGAGGGUGCAGCUUGCUGACAAGUACCUCAGCGAGGCCGCGCUUGGCGAUGCCAAUGCUGAUGCCAUGAAAACCGGAAACUUUUACGGUAAAGCUGCGCAACAAGUGAAUAUUCCUGUUCCUGAAGGUUGCACCGAUCCGAUAGCGACAAACUUCGAUCCGACAGCUAGGAGUGAUGAUGGAAGCUGCCUCUAUACCUUAUAAAUAGGGAGUAUCUGAGUGUCAUGUUUGAAGGAAUGGAAGAUUAAUUAGAAGCAUAAGCUCUUUUCUAGAAAGAAGAUAUGAACAGAUUUUAGCUUGCCCUGUAUGGGUAAAUUGUGCUUGUGACCUUUCUUCUUUCCAAAAUUGUGCUUGUGACCUUUCUUCUUUCCAUGAAGGGCAUUUGAUUUGUAUAAUAGUUGAUUUGCUUAUUGCUGAUAAAUAGGUUCUGUUGCA